AUGCAAACAUCCAGAUUUUGUCUUCUGCGGUGUCAAGUUGUGGAUCGUGUGGGGUUGCGACGUCUGCAAAGACAGUGCUUAUCAUUCGAGCUACCCACAUUAUCAUCGAGAGGGUUUCGAAUCCUAAGCACCAACUCAAUAAGCGAUUUGAUUAGGGACACUUCAUACGUGGUAGUAGGGGAUCGAGCUGGCCACGUAUGCAGGUAUGCUGUUGUUCCAACAAACGAAUGCGGGUAUACCGAUAUAACUGGAGAAGCAAGUUCAUAUGAGGGCGAACCCCUUUCGGGUACGAUUUCUAUGGUCCUUGAUGUCGCGAUGUCAAACAAUGGUCGAUACAUGUUUGUGGCAGAUCGUGACGAGAAAAUCAGAGUCUCGCGAUAUCCAGAGGCUUACGUCAUACAGUCCUUCUGUCUCGGGCACUCCGCUUACGUCAGUUCAAUUGCAGUUGAUGGCGAUCACCUUUUUUCAAGUGGUGGAGACGGUUUUGUGCAUGAAUGGGAUGUGGAAAGUGGGACGUCUCUCGCACAGUCUCAAAAACUGGGUGAAGAGCCUAUUCGACGGAUUCGCGUCUGCAAAAAGGACAACAAGGUGUGCUUGGCUGCAAUCACACGGACGGCUUUGACGCUACUCGACGAAAAGUUGACAAUUAUGAAGAGUUUCAACACUGCUGAUUCAUUAAUGGAUAUCACUCCAUUCAAAGGUCACAUAAUUGGUGUUUGCAGUAAUGGUGUGGUUUUGUUCGACCUUUCCGAUGGAACUUCCCGUUCCGUUGAAGUACCGAAUGAGCUGCUGGAGAGGUUGUCGAAAUCUAAGGAUCCCAUAUCGAGCUACUUUAAGAACGUAACGCAUCAAAACAUGCUGGAUUACUAUAAACGAAAGGCAGAGAAGAUCGAAAGUACCAAAGGAGAAUCAAAUUCGCAAGCGGAAAGCGAGGCAAUCACGUAA